GCCUACGGCCACAUUUAACCCAAGCUAAAAAGGAAAAGAAAUGUAAACAUACAUAUUUGUGUUAUCAAAGUUAAAAAUCCAUCGAAUCUCGCAAAUUAAACCAUUUCAAGCUAGCUUAUGUAUACAUUUAUUAUCUGUAACUCCAACUCUAGCUUUAUAAAAAGAUAAUAUGGCGUUAAAUGGGUUUUUAGAGUUUUUUCAAAAGGGCAAGACCUUUAGGCCAAAGAAGCCGUUUGCCUCGGGAACAAUUCGUUACUCUCUUCACAAACAGGCCCAGGCUAGUUUGCAAUCAGGGAUUAAUUUGCGUCAAGUGGUUCGACUUCCGCAAGGGGAGAAUCUAAACGACUGGUUGGCUGUGCAUGUUGUGGACUUUUUUAAUCGAAUCAAUCUCAUAUAUGGCACUGUUGCGGAGUAUUGUAAUGAAACGACUUGUCCCACAAUGUCUGGUGGCUCACGAUAUGAGUAUCUUUGGGCCGAUGGAGAUCUAUACAAAAAACCAACAGCUCUUUCAGCUCAGAAAUAUAUAGAGCAUUUAAUGGACUGGAUUGAAUCUCAAAUUAAUAACGAAGCAGUGUUUCCUUUAUCGACCGAUGUUCCUUUUCCUAAAAACUUUUCUGCAAUAAGUCGUAAGAUUUUAACCCGGCUUUUCCGUGUUUUUGUUCAUGUUUACAUACAUCACUUUGACAGGAUUGUCAGCAUCGGGGCUGAAGCCCAUGUUAAUGCUUGUUACAAACAUUUUUACUACUUCGUGCAAGAGUUUGAGAUGAUAUCGGCCAAGGAACUGGAGCCCCUGCAAGAAAUGACAUCUAGAAUAUGCAAAGACAAAGAUUAAAUAUAGUUCUGCGCUUAAAUGUGCUGUAAAUAUGUAUUAAACAAUAAAAAAUAAAACUGCUUAGUGUA